UCCCUUUUCUUGGUGGCACUUUUCUAGAAGAAUUAAAUAUCAUAAGCGACUCCGACGAAAGAAAUAUUCUAACGGGUAAUGUUUGCCUGGGCAUUUUCAUAAUGGCAGGAUUCAUAAUCUCAGCAAGAACUAUAUGUGGUAUCAUGUGCUUCUUCCCAUUUUUGAUUUAUAAACUACGACGACGUCACUUAUCAAUAGAUGAGAGUAUUGAGGACUUGUUACAAAGUCACAACAAUCUCAUGCCAAUCAGGUACUCUUAUUCAAGCAUCAAGAAGGUGACUAAAAGUUUUAAGGAGAAACUGGGUCAAGGGGGUUAUGGUUCUGUGUUCAAAGGAAAGCUAAAAAGUGGCCACCAUGUGGCAAUAAAAAUGUUAGACCAGACAAAAGGUAAUGGCCAAGACUUCAUCAAUGAAGUUGCCACCAUUGGAAGGAUUCAUCAUGUUAAUGUGGUGCAACUAAUUGGGUUCUGUUCAGAGGGUUCGAAACGGGCUCUUAUUUAUGAAUUCAUGCCCAAUGGAUCUCUAGACAAGUAUAUAUCUGCUCGCCAAGAAGAAAAUAUCAUCUCUCUCAGUUGGGAGAAGAUGCUUGGCAUUGUCCUAGGUGUAGGUCGUGGUAUUGAAUAUCUACAUCGAGGAUGCAAUACACAAAUUCUGCAUUUUGAUAUCAAGCCCCAUAACAUUCUUCUUGAUGACAACUUUGUUCCAAAGAUAUCAGAUUUUGGGCUUGCAAAAUUCUUUUCAACAGAUGACAGCAUUGUGAGUCUAACUGCAGCUCCACGAGGAACAAUAGGCUAUAUAGCUCCAGAAAUGAUAUAUAAAAACAUUGGUGGCAUCUCAAAUAAGGCUGAUGUUUAUAGCUUUGGAAUGCUAUUGUUGGAGAUUACAGGCAGGAAGAAAGCCAUAAAUGCAUUAAGGGAUCAUUCAAGCCAAUUUUAUUUCCCAUCCUGGAUAUAUGACAGACUCUGUCAUGGAGAAGACAUCGAAAUAGGAGAUGCAACAGAUGAUGAAAAGACGAUAGCAAAGAAACUGGUCAUAGUUGCACUAUGGUGCAUACAAAUGAAUCCUGUUGAUCGUCCUUCCAUGAGCAAAGUUGUAGACAUGUUGGAAGAUGAUAUUGAAGUUCUACAAAUGCCACCCCGACCCUUUCUAUCUCCACCAGAGCUGCCCAUUGAUGAUACUUCAUUUGAUACAAGUCAUUCAGAAACAUCAACUACUUAUCCAUCGGAAUCACGAUCUUGUAAUUCUGUUGCGUCAUCUACUACCAUUAUUAAAGUAAAAGAAAACUAAGCAUAAUGCUAUAGACCUUACUUAUCCAAUAUUAUUAUAACUGCAUGUAUUCUUUUUAGCUUAACUUCAUUGACAGGCCAAUAGAUCAAAUGGUUGAUCUUGUUUGUUACACUAUACAAUCUAUUCAUC